AUGAACGAUAAUACUUCUCUAAGUACGCCGAAUAAAGAAGACGAUCAGAAAAAGCUUAGAGAACCAGAAGAAAAAAAUAGAAGUACUAAAAAUAUCAAUGGAGUUCUCAUAAGUAAGGCUAAUAACAAAGCACUCCCCAAUAAAAAUCCGCCAGUUCACAAUAAAGCACAUAGUAAGAAGGCUAUCUCGCCGGGAAGAAUCAGGAAGCACAAAGCUACAACAUCUCCCACGAAAUCACAUUUGAAGAGUAAGAAAAAAGAUAUUUCAGAAAGCGCGAUUCCUAAAGAGAACAAGGGCUCAUUUUAUCAAGGUGCCAUUGUUGGUUCAUUCCUUGGGGCUGCUGUAACAACCGUUCUGAGUAACCUGGCAGUAAAGGCUUUUCAAAAUUAG